GAAAAUCAUAUAGAUCAAGAGCUGAAAUUCGCAAGUGGCCCCUUGGCAACAAGUAUGGAUGAUGUUUUGCAUGCUAAUAAAAUACCAAGACAACAAUAUCAUGGGAAAAGCUUCGUCGGAAAUCAUGUUCACAAAGCCUGCAAGAUUAACAUCAUUGACAAAUUGAUGACUGGUAUGAACUCUGCCCUUAAAAAUGAGCUAGAAGAAUGCCCGAUCAGCUCAGCAAAAAUUCUAAACACAGCUUUAGAAAAAAUAAAAAAGAAGCACACACCAGUUUUUGAAACAUUUGCUAAGGUACACACGUUAAUAAACCACACACGACCUUUUAAUCCAACUGAACUGAGAGAAUAUGAGUCGGCAAUCACAGAUUUUUCAAGAGAGUAUCGAAAAGUUGCAACCAAUGUUAAGCAACCAAAGCUACAUAUGCUGGAACAUCAUUCAAUUGAAUUCAUGAGGAAGUGGAAG